UCGCCUCCACACGCUGCAGCACCAUGUCCACGGUUCGGUUGACAGGCUUCACGGGCCACCCGAAGGGUGAGCGGAAGACGGGCCUGGCUGUGGGUAUGGACAAGGGCCACGUGCUCACCUCGCGGGAUCUCAAGCCCAAGCCGUCGUACCGCAAGGGGAAGCUGAACAAGCGCGUUGCGUUUGUGCGCGAGAUCGUGCGCGAGGUUGCGGGCUACGCGCCGUACGAGAAGCGCACCAUGGAGCUGCUGAAGGUUGGCAAGGAGAAGCGUGCGCUCAAAGUGCUGAAGAACAAGCUGGGGACUCACAAGCGUGCGAAGGCGAAGCGCGAGGAGAUGUCUGGCGUGCUGCGGGCGCAGCGCACCAAGUAAGCUGCAGAGCUCGACCGAUAGAGGAGUGUAGAUGGACUGUGAGCCUUAGAGUCUGCUGCCGGGCGAGCCGCGACGAGGGGGCAGCGCACGCCGUUAUAGUGCGCGCAGGAGCGACGCAAUGUGGGUUUUUUCUGUGGGAGCCGCGGAGCCCACUCCGCGCUGGUUGGUUCGUGGUGGCAUGACCAGCGUCGCACAGCGAGCUGCUGUCAGCACACACGCGUCGCCGUCCCCGCUGUGUGGCCGUCCCGUCAGCAGGCUUUUUUACUAUACCGUUUGUCAACGUCG